AUGGCUUUGCAUCGGCAUCAGUCGUCUUUAGAAAGGGUAUUGGACUUCUCCACCCCCUUUUCACUGAAUUCCCAACAGCGUCAAAGAGCAACAACACUUCUCAGAAGCCUCGUCCAGCUCUACGGCGUCGAGCAGACUAUCCGCCGCCGCUUUAAACCGGCGUCACUUAUCCAGCUCACAUUCGAACAUAUUGAAGCUCAAGAUGCAUUCCUCUCGUUCUAUUUCUCAUUCCUUUAUGAGAACCUAUGCCCAGGUGUAACGGAUUCGACGGAGCUAGACAUUACGGUUGCCCUGUCCUUCUUUGACGAUUUUUCUACCUGGGAUCAGAAUCAAAAGGAGGACGUCAAUCGUGCUUCUGAAAAAUUUGCUGAAUACAUCGUCGAGAAUUUUCUUCUCCCACUGAGAGCUUCGUCGGCGAAGACCCCGCAACCAACGCCCUCGUCACUGUCCUCGAUACAGCCGUCCACGCCUACCGGCACGACGCAACGUGUAUCUAUCCUGCGACAAAAUUGCCUCGUGCGUGAUCAUCAUCGAUGCGUAGUUUCUCGGAAGUUUGAUAAAAGCGAAGCCAGCAGGCGGUUGGAGCAGGAUGGUGAUGAUUUCAAGGAUGAUGACGGAAAUCCAUUGAAGAAUAAGCGAAACGACGAGUUCGGGUACCUGCAAGUUGCCCAUAUUUUGCCGCACUGCCUAACAGCGGUUGCAUCUCAGAACACUGAGCUAAGUGACUCGAAGAAGAAUGUACUCCGGAUUUUAGACAUGUUUGACCCCGGCAUUAUUCACCUUAUUGACGGCCCGAAAAUUGACAGCCCAUUGAACGCUCUUACACUGACACAUGAUCACCAUCGGGAGUUUGGUGAAUUCAAGAUAUACUUCGAACCAACAAGCACCCAGUAUCAAUAUAGAAUUGACUCAACGGAGCAAAACCCCUCUCUACGCGAUCCGCUAUUCCCAGUCACCCGUACGCUGUUACUUAGCCCCAGUCGGACUAUUGACCCGCCAUCAGCUCGACUCCUCGGUGUCCAUCGAGCCAUUGCAAAGAUCAUGAAUCUUAGCGGCGCAGGUGAAUACAUAGAGGAAGUACUCCGAGAUUUGGAGGAGACUGAUGUGAGGGCUGAUGGAUCAACAAACUUAGGACGUGUGAUAAAUUUGCAGCUUGGUGGCUGGCUCAACCCAUAG